AGCACGUAGAAAGGUUAGUUUUAGCGAUUAAACACUAAUAGACCCGAGUUCCCCGCAAAACAGAGAAACAUAUGUGCCUCUUCUCCUAAACAGAACAAUUAUUCCUCUGUUUCUUCUUCUUCUUCUCCUAACUCUUCUUCUCCAUUGCUUCCUUGCCUUGCCUUCGCCUCUGUUGGGUGCUUGAUCUGAAUCACAGGAUUAUUGAUUAACAUGGAAUUCUCAUAUUGGUGAAUCCAAUUGUUUGAUCAAUAAUGUUAGAGAAUGAAUUGGCAGGGAAUCGCUUAGAUUAACGAUAAAUCCGAAGAGUGAUUACCUUUGCAUGCAGAGGAUCUGAGCUAUGUUCUGCUGCGGAGGUGCAGAGGAAGAACCCAACGGUCAGCUUGCAAAUCAAUAUACAGCCCCACCCAGAGGUGGCACCCCGUAUGGAGGCGGACCCGGCGCAGGCAGUGGAAGAGGAGGAGAUCCAAGGAGUUCUAAUGUAAUGAAAACUGGUGCUCCACAGAAAGUAUUGCCAAUUGAAACUCCAGCUAUAGCAUUGGAUGAGUUAAACAGAUUGACUGGUAAUUUUGGUCAGAAGGCUUUGAUUGGAGAAGGAUCGUAUGGCCGGGUUUUCUACGCCAAGUUAAAAGAUGGUCAGGAUGCAGCAAUAAAGAAACUUGAUACUUCACAAGAGCCAGACACCGAUUUUGGAGCUCAGUUGUCAGUAGUUUCAAGGCUCAAACAUGAACAUUUUGUGGAGUUGAUGGCAUAUUGUUUGGAGGGGAACAACCGAAUUCUAGUUUAUCAGUUUGCAACAAUGGGUUCCUUACAUGAUGUAUUACAUGGAAGGAAAGGUGUUCAAGGAGCUGAGCCAGGUCCAGUUCUAACCUGGAACCAAAGAGUUAAAAUUGCAUAUGGUGCAGCAAAAGGCCUUGAGUAUCUCCAUGAGAAGGUCCAACCCCCAAUAGUUCAUCGCGAUGUCAGAUCGAGCAAUGUCCUUCUUUUCGACGAAUUUCUAGCCAAAAUCGCUGAAUUUAAUGUGUCAAAUGCAUCUUCGGACUCGGCAGCUCGAUUGCAUUCAACUAGAGUGUUGGGAACCUUUGGCUACCAUGCUCCAGAGUAUGCCAUGACAGGACAGAUAACCCAAAAGAGUGAUGUUUACAGUUUUGGUGUAGUUCUACUAGAGCUCUUGACAGGGAGAAAGCCAGUUGAUCAUACAAUGCCUAAAGGACAGCAAAGUCUUGUUACUUGGGCAACUCCAAGGUUGAGUGAAGACAAAGUGAAACAAUGUGUGGAUCCCAAGCUAAACAAUGACUAUCCACCAAAAGCCAUUGCUAAGUUAGCAGCUGUUGCAGCACUAUGUGUUCAAUAUGAGGCAGAUUUCAGGCCAAACAUGACAAUUGUGGUCAAAGCCCUUCAGCCACUGCUUACAUCAAAACCAGCAGGACCCGACUCACAUGCAUAAAUAUGCUGUCGACCUCAAACUCACCAGGCCAAGAUUUUUGUAUUACAUUAUCCUUUCUCUCGUUUUUUGUGAGCUUACUGUCAUCUCUUUAUAUUGUUAUCGAGAGGAAUCAUGCUUGAUCUCUUAUUUUAAUUGGAAUAACAUGCAUAGCACAUUUAGGAGAUUUAUAUCAUAGUUUUCCCCUUCAGCAGUGUGUAUCAAAGAUGAUCGUUUUUUAGUUUGAUCUGUUCUAAGCUCUCUGAACUUCAUAUAA